CGGCAUGUCAAAAGCAGCGUACACCAGCGAGAUAGUCAAAUGGUAUAUGGCGGCACACCAUGCCAAGUUGUUCAUCAACAACCCUGCCAGAUUCAACGAAUCGUAGCUGUAGAAAAAUUUCACAGUUCUCUCUCUAACUUUGUCAUCUUGUUACUUCACAGUUCGAGUACACUCGGUGAAACUUUGGUGGCGUGAUACUACGUAGUUGUCGAGAUAAAUCCGUCGAAUCUGCCGAUAGUCAGACUCUUCGCGAAUCCACGAUCCACGUGCGUGUACAACGUGUGAAGCAAGGUCGGUCGUUGAACUCUGGCAUUGCUGGAACAUCAAAGUUCAAGUCUUCUUGGCGCGCUUGUUUGCUCUGAUCCCGCGGGAAACUCAAUCUCCCGGCUAGACUAGAAUUAGAAAACUAACAUAAACAAACGGUGCUAGUAUUGUAUCAGUAAUUAGCUGUCUUAUCUUUUCAGUUCAGAACUUUGGACGUUGACACGAUCCAUUGCUGAACAGUUUACCAAGCAGCAAUUACGUUUCAGUUUGUCCGAUAGCAUUAGCAGUACGUAGCGCUAUGGCCGCCACACUGUACUUGGAGGAUGGCUCAAGCUUUCGUGGGAAACAUUUCGGGGCAAAGGUCAGCGUCCCUGGUGAAGUUGUUUUCCAGACUGGCAUGGUUGGAUACCCAGAGUCACUAACUGAUCCCUCCUACCGGUCACAAAUACUCGUCUUGACCUACCCACUCAUCGGUAACUAUGGCGUCCCACCAGACGAUCGGGACCAGAAUGGUCUACCUAAGUGGUUCGAGUCAGAAAAGGUUCACGUCUCGGCCCUCAUUGUCGGAGAACUGUCGGAGAAGUACAGUCAUUGGGCGGCCACCAGGUCACUCAGUGAUUGGCUGAAAGAAAGUCAAGUUCCGGGAAUAUCAGGAAUCGACACACGAGCCCUGACAAAGAAGAUCAGAGAGAGUGGAACAAUGAAAGGAAAGAUUAUUUUGGAGGGAACUGAUCCCGAAUCAAUAGAGUUUGAGGAUCCCAAUCUGCGUAACUUGGUGGCCGAGGUGUCCUUGAAGCAACCAAGAGUGUUAAAUCCAAAGGGGUCGGUGAAAAUAGUUGCCCUGGACACCGGGAUCAAGUUCAACCAAUUGAGACUCUUGGCCUCGUUGGGCGCUCGCAUCGAGAUUGUCCCGUGGGAUCAUCCCUUGAACAGCGAAGAUUAUGACGGCCUGUUCCUAAGCAACGGACCUGGAAACCCUGAGAUGUGUGCAGAGUCCAUACAGCAUAUCCGUCGCAUUCUCAGCGAGCCCAACCCUAAACCUGUCUUUGGUAUCUGUCUCGGACAUCAGCUCAUCUCCCUGGCUUUGGGCACUGGCUCCUUCAAGAUGAAAUACGGGAACCGUGGCCACAACCAACCUUGUGUCCACAGCGGAACCGGGCGCUGUUACAUCACCACGCAAAACCACGGCUUCGCCAUCGAUCCCACCAAACUGCCCUCCGAUUGGUCCAUUUUGUUUACCAAUGCCAAUGACCUGACCAAUGAGGGGAUCGUUCACAACACCAAGCCGCUUUUUGCCGUGCAGUUUCAUCCAGAGAACAUGGCUGGCCCAAGGGACUUGGAAUUCCUCUUCGACGUCUUCAUUGACACGGUGCGAGAUCGCAAGAUGGGACUUGAUUCUAACAAGAUGUCUGUACGAGAGAGGAUCCGUUCACUCAUGAUGUUCAAGCCACUACCCGGAACCCCAACGGAAGACAACCCUCCUAAGAAGGUGUUGAUCCUGGGCUCCGGAGGACUGUCUAUCGGUCAAGCCGGGGAGUUUGACUACUCUGGCUCACAGGCGAUCAAAGCAUUGAAAGAAGAAGGCGUACAGUCGGUUCUGAUCAAUCCCAACAUCGCAACGGUGCAAACAUCCAAGGGAAUGGCGGACCGCGUUUACUUCCUGCCCAUCACACCGGACUAUGUCGCACAGGUCAUAGAGAGUGAGCGUCCAGACGGCAUCUUACUAAACUUCGGUGGUCAGACUGGAUUGAACUGUGGCGUUCAGCUGGAUGCAGCAGGGACCUUGAGCAAGUACAACGUGAAGGUGCUCGGUACGCCGGUCAAGUCCAUCAUCGAUACGGAGGACAGGAAGAUCUUUGCCGAGAAGAUGGAGUCGAUUGGGGAGAAAGUGGCACCGAGUCAGGCGGCAUAUUCUGUUGAUGAGGCAGUUGAGGCUGCUGAGAAGAUUGGCUACCCAGUCAUGGUCCGAGCUGCCUUUGCUCUGGGAGGUCUGGGGUCUGGAUUCGCCAACUCUAAAGCCGAGUUGGUCCCCUUAGUGACGGCAGCCUUUGCCCAUACCAGUCAGGUUCUCGUUGAUAAGUCACUACGAGGCUGGAAGGAGGUCGAGUACGAGGUCGUGAGGGAUGCCUUCGACAACUGCAUCACGGUAUGUAACAUGGAGAAUGUGGACCCACUCGGCAUACACACCGGUGAAUCGAUCGUCGUUGCCCCAAGUCAGACGCUGACUAACAUUGAGUACAACUUACUGCGCACAGCAGCCAUCAAAGUCAUUCGUCAUCUUGGUGUGGUCGGAGAGUGUAACAUACAGUAUGCUUUGAAUCCACUCUCACAAGAGUACUUCAUCAUUGAGGUCAACGCUCGCCUCUCCCGUAGCUCAGCAUUGGCCAGUAAAGCAACCGGUUACCCACUCGCCUACAUUGCAGCUAAGCUGUCGCUAGGUAUCCCGCUACCACAGCUGACCAACUCCGUGACCGGUUCCACUACAGCCUGCUUUGAGCCCAGUCUGGAUUAUCUGGUGGUCAAGAUCCCCCGCUGGGAUCUGAAGAAAUUCACUAAAGUCAGCAAGACGAUUGGGAGUUCCAUGAAGAGUGUCGGUGAAGUGAUGGCUGUCGGCCGUUGCUUCGAGGAGGCGUUCCAGAAGGCACUGCGUAUGGUCAACGAGCAUGUGAAUGGCUUUGAGUGUGACGUGCAGAAAGUCUCAGAUGAGAUUUUACAAACGCCAACAGAUGAGCGUAUCUUUGUCGUGGCCGCAGCUCUGAAGGCCGGCUAUUCCAUCGAUCGUCUCUAUUCCCUCACUAAGAUCGACCCAUGGUUCUUGCAUAAGUUCCGUCGGAUCGUCGACUGCACUGAGCGUCUUGAGGCUGUUCGGGGAGUGGCGCUCACCGCCGGUAUCCUGCUGGAGGCCAAGCAGCUGGGCUUCUCCGAUAAGCAGAUCGGCAAAGUCGUGGAGAUGACUGAGCUAGCCGUACGUACGACCCGUCACACCCUCGACAUCCGACCCCACAUCAAGCAGAUCGACACGGUAGCCGCCGAGUGGCCAGCUACAACCAAUUACCUGUACUUGACAUACAACGGAGAGUCCCACGAUCUAGACUUCCCCGGUGGUUAUGUCAUGGUGAUUGGAUCGGGAGUGUAUCGUAUCGGAAGCAGUGUGGAAUUUGAUUGGUGCGCUGUGGGGUGCAUUACUGCCCUUAGAGAGCUUGGCUUCAAGACGAUCAUGGUGAACUACAACCCAGAGACCGUCAGCACGGACUACGACAUGUGCGACCGUCUGUACUUUGACGAGAUCUCCUUUGAGGUCGUCAUGGAUAUCUACGAUAUAGAGAAUCCCAGGGGUGUGAUACUGUCUAUGGGUGGUCAACUGCCCAACAACAUCGCUAUGCAGCUACAUCGACAACAGUGUCGAAUUCUAGGAACCUCACCAGAGAGCAUUGAUUCUGCGGAGAACCGCUUCAAGUUCUCUCGUCUGCUUGACACCAUCGGACUGAACCAACCCCUGUGGAAGGAACUCACUAACAUUGAGGCUGCUAAGGAAUUCUGCGAUCGUGUAGGCUACCCAUGUCUGAUUCGUCCAUCCUAUGUACUGAGUGGAGCUGCAAUGAACGUAGCACACACCCAUCACGACCUAGAGGCUUAUCUCUGUACAGCUACAGCCGUCAGCAGAGAUCAUCCUGUAGUCAUUUCAAAGUUCAUCCUAGAGGCAAAGGAGAUCGAUGUUGACGCUGUCGCCAAAGAUGGUCAGAUUGUGGCCAUAGCCAUCUCGGAACACAUCGAGAAUGCAGGAGUCCACUCCGGGGAUGCUACCCUCGUCACCCCACCUCAGGAUCUGAAUCAAGAGACAAUGGAUAAGAUCUUCAGCAUCACGACGGCGAUCGGACAGAACCUGGAGGUCAAUGGCCCCUACAACCUGCAACUCAUCGCAAAGGACAAUCAGUUGAAGGUGAUAGAAUGCAACCUGCGCGUGUCUCGCUCCUUCCCCUUUGUCUCCAAGACUUUGGAUCAUGACUUUGUGGCGUUGGCAACGAGGGUCAUGAUGGGGGAGCCCGUGGAGUUUGUUGGCGCCUUCAUUGCAGGAGUAGGAAAAGUCGGUGUCAAGGUACCUCAGUUUUCGUUCUCUCGCCUGGCCGGUGCCGACAUGCUUCUUGGUGUUGAGAUGGCGAGUACCGGGGAAGUAGCCUGCUUUGGCGAGGACAGAUACGAGGCGUACCUGAAGGCCAUGCUGAGUACGGGAUUCAAGAUACCACGCAAGAAUAUCCUCUUGUCCAUCGGUAGCUACAAGGGCAAAGUGGAGCUCUUACCGGCAGUACGUAUGUUGGAACACAUGGACUAUAAGCUGUAUGCGAGUAUAGGAACGGCAGACUUCUACAGUGAACAUGAUAUCAAGAUAAAGGCUGUUGAUUGGCCGUUCGAGGAUACCGGUGAGAAACGCAACCAAGACCAAGAGCAAAGCAUUGUAGACUACCUCGCCGAGAAACAUUUCGACAUGGUGAUCAAUCUGCCGAUGCGCAAUGGUGGUACACGACGAGCGUCGUCGUUUGUAACCCGUGGGUACCAGACACGUCGUCUAGCUAUCGACAAGCAGAUCCCGUUGAUCACCGACGUCAAGAAGGCAAAACUCUUUGUGGAGGCCCUACGACGCAUUGGUGGCGCCCCACGCCUCAAGACCAACGUUGACUGCAUGACGUCCAAUCGUAUCGUUCGCCUACCUGGCUUGAUCGAUGUCCACGUCCACUUAAGAGAACCGGGAGCAACGCACAAAGAAGACUUUGCGUCUGGGACCGCGGCUGCUUUGGCCGGUGGCGUUACCAUGGUUGGAGUCAUGCCGAACACCAGCCCAGCGGUUACAGAUGAACCAUCGUUCCUCCUUUCCCAGAAGCUGGCCAGACUUGGAGCACGCUGUGAUUACGGCUUGUAUCUUGGAGCGGCGGCCGAGAACUCUAAGGAAGUGGCAAAUAUUGGCCCGAUGGCAAUGGGACUGAAGAUGUACCUCAAUGAUACAUUUACGACCCUCAGAUUGGACGACGUAUCCCUGUGGGCAACGCAUGUUGAGAACUGGCCUCACCACCUGCCCUUAGUGGCUCACGCUGAGGGACGCACCACUGCAGCCAUCUUGUUCUGGGCAAAGACCUUCAAUCGACCCAUUCAUAUCGCUCACGUCGCACGCAAGGAAGAGAUUGAAACAAUCCGAUUGGCCAAGAAUGCUGGCAUGCAGGUCACCUGCGAGGUUGCUCCUCAUCACCUCUUCCUGACCCAGGAUGACCUGGAUGUCAUAGGUCACGGUAAAGGUCAAGUCAAACCGAUGUUGUGCUCUGUGGAGGAUCAAAAUGCAUUGUGGGAGAACAUGGACAUCAUCGACUGCUUUGCCACAGAUCAUGCCCCACACACUGUGGAAGAGAAGGAGAGUCCGAAUCCACCUCCGGGCUUCCCCGGUCUGGAAACCAUGCUACCGCUACUGCUGACUGCAGUCAAUGAUGGCAGACUGACUAUGGAGGACCUGAUUGCCCGACUGUACACCAAUCCACGGGCGAUCUUCGGUCUUCCAGAACAGCGUGAUACGUACAUUGAGGUGGAUAUGGAUCACGUGUGGACCAUUCCAAAAGCCAUGAGCUUCACCAAGAGUAAAUGGACUCCCUUUGCAGGUCGCAAGGUCAAAGGUCAACUCAGGAGGGUCAUGCUCAGAGGGGAGGUGGCCUACAUAGAUGGACAGGUCCUGGUUGCACCCGGUUUCGGUCGUGACAUUCGCUCAACCCCGGAGGGCAUCUUAAUCCCGUCUGCCAUGAAGAAGCAUGUCCCCAACCUCGUACCCACUGCGGCUAACAUACCCCUGGCUGUCCAGGUGACUCCCUCAUCGGCUCCAAACUCUGCCCCGGCGUCUCCUCAUAAGGCAGGGGUUGAGAGGUUUAAUCUGCCGCCCAGGGUGCACAGAGUGUCUGAACAUGGAGAUAUCGGGAUCCUGUCGCCCAAUGUGAUCCCAGUGACGGGACCCUACAAGGCGCUGACCUUCACCCCUCCUCCCCAGCAACACCCCAGUCAGCUUACCCCUCAGCCCAGUCAAGCUGUUCCCAUGGAGAUUCAAUCAACAGCCGGUGUGAAUCUACUCUACAAUAAACACAUCCUCAGUGCAACGCAGUUCACUAGAGAACACCUCCAUUAUCUGUUCAAUGUUGCACACAGCAUGCGUGUUGCCGUUCAGAAAGAACGAACUCUGGACCACAUUCUCAAGGGUAAAGUGAUGGCAAGUAUGUUCUAUGAAGUAAGCACAAGGACCGCGUCUUCAUUUGCUGCCGCCAUGCAACGUCUUGGAGGGACCGUCAUCUCAUUCAAUGAGAGCACCUCAUCUUCCAAGAAGGGAGAAACACUCGCAGACACUGUCCAGAUUAUCGGUGGAUACUGUGACGUGAUAGUUCUGCGUCAUCCUGACCAGGAGGCGUCUAACAUUGCAGCCAAGGUGUGCCGUCGGCCCAUCCUGAACGCUGGUAAUGGGGUAGGGGAACAUCCGACCCAAGCCUUGCUGGAUGUCUUCACCAUCAGGGAGGAGAUCGGAACAGUCAAUGAUCUUACGAUCACGAUGGUAGGGGACCUGAAGCAUGGACGAACCGUUCACUCUCUGGCUCGUCUGUUGACGCUAUAUCGCGUCAACUUGCGCUAUGUGUCCACGCAAAACCUUCAGAUGCCUAAAGCAGUCAAAGACUUUGUUAGUGAGAGAGGCAUACCACAGGCGGAGUUCAGGAAUAUUGAGGAGGCAUUACCUGAUACUGAUGUGCUUUACAUGACACGUAUCCAACAAGAACGCUUCGCAAGCAAAGAGGAAUAUGAAACGCAAUGCGGUAAUUUCAUUUUGACGCCACGAAUCAUGACAAAAGCCAAGGAGAAGAUGGUUGUGCUGCAUCCUAUGCCUCGGAACAACGAGAUCAGCUCUGAUGUUGACAGCGACCCUAGAGCGGCCUACUUCCGCCAGGCGGAGUGUGGUAUGUACAUCCGUAUGGCUCUCCUGGCAACAGUCCUCGGCAAGUGUUAGGCGAAGUUGGAGAAGAAAGUGGGACCCGACGAGAGAUCUUCGUUUAUCACUUGCCCCCUAGAGGUAGAAAUAAUUUCCGUUUCAUAUGUUUUUUUCGGAAGAAGGGGAAAUCUGUUUUUGGUUUUGUUUCUUAGGAUCUUUUGUAUGUUACCCUUUGACUUUUAAAGACUAGGGCCGAAUUUGUUUGAGCUGCUCACACACAAAGAAGCUAAGCACAACAGAAUUACGGUCACAAGAAUCGGGUAACCAGCCGAAAUACCAUGCAACUUGUGCCAUCAGUGGAUGGUAUCCCAACUGUGGAUGGUAUCCUCAUGUUUGCGUUUUAUUUUGCUUUAAGCAGCUUUAUGACAUUGGGCACUGGGCCUAGUUCAUAAAGCUGUUUGACCACACAAUCCUGCUAAGCAGAAACAGGUCACCAGUGAAAACUUAAUGUAAUGUGUAUUCUUUUUGAUUGGUUCCCUGCUAAUUUCUGCUUACCAGAUACAAUGUGCUUAGUAUAAAAUGUUCUGCCUACUGGCUAUAUGAAAUUGGGACCGAAGAAGGGAAGAAACUCAGAGGUAUAUGGGAGACAUGGAAUCUCUAGGAUGUAGUUGGCUUACCACGGCCAAAUGUCAUAGAGCUGCUUAUGCACUAAAAGUAGCUAAGCACAAACUAAAAUAUGCUUACCAGUGCUAGAUAUAAUUCUCUGCUUAAGAAGAUCUAUGAAAUUGGGCCCAGAUAAAUCACAAGUGUAGACGUCAUUCUGCAAGUGCGAACAUCUUCAAGAACAUUGGAUUUACCUGGUACUAGUCUGCUACCACCUAGUGUCCCCAAAAGUCGAAUCCUCCUAACUAGGGAUUAAUCUUAGGACUUAGGACGGGUUCAGAUCCGUAUCUAAAUACGUGGGACGAAUUGAACCCAUCCUUAGUUAGGACGAGUUACUCGUCCUAACUCGAGUUAGGAUUAAUCCUAGCGUUUCGUGAAAUCGGCUGCAGGUUCCCAUUUGGAGUGAUGUUAAAAGUACAUGGUUUGCCCAUGGAAAAAUCAGAAAAAAUUUGAUGAAAUAUCCUGAAAUUUCUAAUAACCCUACACCAUAUGAACAACUAGGCCAGCCCUUAUACUCAAUCAACUGGUCCUACUUGUUUCCAAGGAUCAGAUAUCAUGCCGGAACGUUGGGUGUGUAAUAAAUAACUUGAUAUGUAAAGUUUGGAUUUGAAAACAAAUUUCAGUUUGGGUUGUUGUGGAUGGAUGUAUUCAUGUUUACCUGUAUGGAUUUGAGUGCCUUCUGUAAUGUUGUAUUUGUUGUAUUGUAUGUCAUAACAAGCUAUAAGCAUUUAAUGAAUUGUCUACUCUUUUGGGGACGGGGCCUGUUUAUUUUGUGUAAUGAAAUACCACAAGUGGAGAAACAGUAAAGCGCAACCCCCCCCCCCCCCCCAAAA